AUGGCACAUUUGGAGAGAAGUGGAUUCGCCGCCCUCUCUUUGCGGAAACCAUACUCGGCGGCCGAGGCCGCAGCGCCUGUGGUUCCCGGCGCAGCGCACCCGGUACACCGAGGCCGAGGAGCCGCUCCCCAGGCGGCUCUGUACCUGCCACAGCCGCCCGAAGGCUUCCAGAAACCGCGGCGGCUCCGCGCCCCACGCGCAGCCGGAUCCCGCCAUCGGUGUGGCCGGAGGGCACUGGCACGGCAGCUGAGGCGACGCCCGGGGCAGGCCGGCAGGGCCCGCGGUCACAUCCCCGCCUGCCGGACCAGCGGCUCCGCAGGGAGGGGCCUGCAGCCGCCUCUCCGACUGCCGGGACCUCAGGCCGCCAUGACACCGGAAACCGAGUGCACCCGGGUCCAGAAGCCGGAAGUAGAGGAAGAGCCAAUCCUGCAGGCCCGAGGAGGCGGGCCCAGAAGGGGCGGGUCUAGAGCUGACCAGAGGAAUUGGGUUUUGGAGAAAAGCCCAGAGCGCAGGUGGGGUAACACGUGGUGCAAAAUGGAGAAGCUAAGGAGCCAUCUGCUCUUCGGUAUCCUGGGUCAUCAACUUGUCUGGUUGCUGCUGAGAUGUGCCUUAUUUCUGUCUACAAGGCCCUUUCGGGGUCUGGAGUAGAGACAGCUCUGUGCAUUUUCCUGCUAUUUCUAACAAACGUUUUUCUCUAUCUGAAGUCAAUACUAAUCUCUCAAGAGCUUGGGAUUUGGGAAUAUAAAAAUCAAAUAAAACUAACAGGCUCUUCGAAGGCAAUGAGCACAGGCGUCUACCUGCUUGCAUAAAGGGAAGGCAGAGUGGGGAGAGCACUUAGGUCCUGAAUAGAGAAAAGAGGCAAAAUGGAAAUGAACUUGGGCGCCCGGGUGGCUCAGUUGGUUAGGCGACCGCCCUCGGCUCAGGCCCAGAGUCCUGGGAUCGAGUCCCGCGUCGGGCUCCCCCUGCUCUGCGGGGAGCCUGCUUCUCCCUCUGCCUCUGCCUGCCACUCCCCCUGCUUGUGCUCUCUCUCUCUCUCUCUCUCUCUGUCAAAUAAAUAAAAUCUUUAAAAAAAAAAAGGGAAAUGAACUUGGAUUUCAAGUAACUUGGGUGGAGAGAUUCAAUUAAACAUUGUAUAUCAAUAUGAUCCAAGGAGAGAAGGUAAAAAUGCUCUAAAGGAGGUGCAGAUAAAUUGCUAGGACUCUGUAGAAGAACUCUGAGCAAUUCACAUCUUAGAAAAGUGUGAGUAAAAAGAAGCAUUUCGUUCCAGUCUAUCUUGUUGAAAGAGCAUAUUGUAAAUCAGAGAGAGAGUAAAUGCUGAACUUGUAGAAGGUGACUAGGUCCUCCUUGUGAAAAAUAACCAUUGUUAUAAUCCAUAUCUUGGUUACAUAUAAGCCGUUCUCAAUGCUACAAGCAGAAGUUACCAGUUUGAAGCCAAUUUCCCGUAAAGCUUUCUUUCUUUUGCUUUUCCAACCUCUCUUACGCUGUGAUGUCUUCCCUUUGCUCCGUGGCUGACAAGGUAAAGGAACUAAAUUGUAUAAUUGAGCCACAUUCAAAAGUGGUACCAAGAAUAACCCAAAACAGAUAUGCCUUGGAAUCCCUUUAAACAGAAGGGCUGGCCCAUAUUUUAAUUGAUGAGCUCUUGAAGAUCCAAAUCCUUCAAGCAUGAAAGUAACGACUCUGUGGUUCCAGUCUCCAAAAUGGCCCCCAGUGAUCUUUGUCUCUUGGUGUUCAUGAUCUCUUAUAGCACCUUUCACCUUGAAAAGGGCUGACCUAUAUAACAACAGGAUAUUGUGGAAAUGAUGGGGUGUGACUUCCUGGGUCAUAAAAGACAUUGCAGCUUCUACCUUGCUAUCUGAUCCCUUGUUUUGGGGGAAGCUAGCAGCCUUGUCUUGGAGACCCUCUAGACUUCUCCAUAGGAGAAACGAAGGAACUGAAGCCUCCUGCCAACAACCAUGUGAGUGUGCCAUCUUGGAAGUGGCUUUUCCAGUCCCAGCGAAGCCUUCAGAUGACUGUAGCUCUGGCUGAAAACUUGACUGCAAACUCAUGAGAGACCUCUAAGCUAGAACCUCCCAUC